AGAGAGAGAGAGAGAACGCACAUAACACGCUGAUGCAGGUGGUGAUGAAGAUCAUCAAGCAUUACCAGGAGGAAGGUCAGGGCAGUGAGGUGGUGCAGGGGGUGCUGCUGGGGCUGGUGGUGGAGGACAGGUUGGAGAUCACCAACUGCUUCCCUUUCCCUCACCACACAGAGGACAAUGCUGACUUUGAGGAAGCCAGGCCCUUCUGGACUCUCAGUUCAGCUACCAGCACGCCAUCGAGGAGUCAGUUGUGCUUAUACAGUAUAUGAUCCCCUCAAGACAGCCCAGGGUUCUUUGUGUUUGAAAGCCUACAGGUUGAACCCAAAACUCAUGGAGAUCUGUAAAGAGAAGGACUUCUCAGCAGAUGGGCUGAAGAAGGCUAGUGUGGUUUAUGAGAACAUGUUCGAGGAGGUGCCCAUUGACAUCAAGAACUCUCAUCUCAUCAACUUUCUGCUGUGGGAGCUGGAGGACAAAUCCCCUGCUGCAGACAAACACGAGCUCUUGAACCUUUCCAGCAGUACUCAUCUGGAGAAGAGCCUGCAGAUGCUGAUGGACCGCGUGGAUGACAUGAGUCAGGACAUUGUCAAGUACAACAACUACUGCCGCAGUCUCAGCAAGCAACAGCAACAGAAACAUCAGUACAUUCAGAGGUGGCAACAGGAGAACGCACAGAGACAGAGCCGAGGGGAGCCUCUGCUUCCUGAGGAAGACCUGAGUAAGAUGUUCAAGCCGCCUCCACGAAUGGACACCCUGCUCAUUGCUAAGAUCCUGACACGAACCAAGAUGUCUUCUCAGCUGAUGAUAAACAGUGUUUUUACCAAGGAGAUAACAGUGUCAAGAAGAGCUUGAGAUGAAAGAUAACAUGA